UAAGUUGGCACUAUUGGCUUACGGUUUUACGAUUAUACUGGGGAGAAAACACUGAAAACAGUGAAAAUACCGUUAUUAAAAAACACUGAAAUGAACAGAACAUACCCAAGUUUGUUUGGGAUAUCUCGUUUUAGUUUAUGGGUGAGAUUAGCCAUUUUUCUUUUUGUUUAGGAAGCCGGUUUUGAUAUUGUGAAAACCACCUGUGUAUGUUUUAACCAGCUAGUACUAUACGGUGUUCUUAAUUAAUUAUUUUCUUUAAAAAGCGUAAUUAGGGAAAAUAAUGUCUACCAAGCGUAAGAGAGCACCUGCGAAAAAGGCUGGUGGAAAAAAAGGUAAAAGAAAGGAGGAUAGUGAUGUAGAUUCUGACCUCACUGAUGGUAGCGAAAAUGAAAGCACUACCCAACCAGAUGAAAUUUUAAUAGCGGGUCAUGGAGAUGCUCUUGAUGACCCCACUCCUUUACCAAAGGAAUUACUUAAUACCUUAAUAAAACCUGCUGGACAAUUUGUUUUUUUUGGAAAUAUCAAUUGGGAUACUGCUGGAAAAAAAGAGGUUAAAGGACAGAAAGUGCUCCCUAAUUUGCUUUGGCCUCAUAGAUUUACUGAUAUUCGGGUUCGUCUAGCUGUGAGUGGAUGUGUGGCAGCUCAUUGUGUUCUUGUAACUGAAGAUGGUAAAGCAAUGACAUUUGGUCGAAAUCCAUUUGGCCAAUUGGGAUUAGAUAAUACUGUGACAAAAAAUUCACCUGAAUUAGUACCAGCUUUGGAAAAUAUGAAUAUAAUAGGAGCUGCAUGUGGCCGCCAUCAUACAUUGUUCCUUACUGAUACGGGCACAGUAUAUGCCUGUGGAGAUAAUAGGUCAGGACAAUGUGGUGUUGGAAAUCUUCAGCCACAAAUACUCACUCCAACUAGGAUUAAUUACAGGGGACCCCCAAUUGUUAAGGUUGGAGCAGGUGCCGAUUUCUCAGUAAUACUUGAUAUAAAGGGUGGGCUUCACUCUUUUGGUUUACCCGAAUAUGGGCAGUUAGGUCAUAAUACAGAUGGAAAAUAUUUCAAAACCAGUACCAAGCUUUGUUUUCAUUUUCAAACGAGCCCAAAGAGAAUAGUGCUGUAUAUUGAGAAAAGCAAAGAUGGCCAUGUUUCUCCAGUAGAUGUAACAGAAAUUGUCGACUUUAGCUGCGGUCAGAACCAUACAGUGGCUAUAGAUAGCAAGAAAAGAGCGUUUUCCUGGGGAUUUGGUGGUUUUGGAAGACUUGGCCAUGCUGAGCAGAGAGAUGAAAUGGUUCCUAGAUUAAUAAAGUAUUUUGACAGCCAAUCUCGUGGUGUGCGAUCUGUCCAUUGUGGCUCAACGUACUCCUUAGCAGUAACAGAAUAUAAUGGUUUAUUCAUGUUUGGGCAGACUAAAAAAACUGGGGAAGCCAACAUGUAUCCCAAACCAGUUCAGGACUUAGCUGGAUGGAAUAUAAAAUAUAUUGGUACGGGAAACACUUCCAUAAUUGUAGCUGCGGAUGACAGCGUGAUUGCUUGGGGUGCUUCCCCUUGCUAUGGAGAACUAGGCUUUGGGGACAUGCAGAAGACUAGUACAGUUCCAAAAGAGGUUACUAAAUUGGCGGGAAUGAAGGUAUUGGGCUUAGCUAUGGGGUUGUGCUUUACCCUUUUAAUUGCUCAAAAUGAUACACUGGAACAAAAACAGAAAUUGGAAACACUCAAAGAAUACAAACCAUAGGCCGGAGAUCACCGACGAAUACAUAUAUACAUACAUAUAUUUAGAUUAAUAAUUAAUACACAUUCACAUUUUGACGACAAGGUGGAUCUGUCAUUUUAUUGGCUAUCUGUUUCGUUGGUAUAUUAGAAUAAGUGUGACGGGUCUAACUUCUAGAGCAAAAUAUUGUACACAUAAUCAUUAACUGCCCUUCGUGUUUUACAACCUUUUAAACAGUUUUACGAGUAGUAUGUAUUUUAUAUUUCAGUAUUUUUUACUUUUUUAUUUUUAGAUGGCACUGGUAUUUAAUUUAUUAAUAAUUUAAAUUAGGCUAUCUAAAAUGGUAUUAUUUUACCACAAUGUUUUGAAGAAAAAGAAUGUUAUAAUUUAAAUUGAAUUAAUAAAUUUUUUACUGUAUCAUUGUUAAAACUGAAUAUAUCCCGUAUACUGAAUGGCAACACUUUUCAUUUUUGCUUCUAUAGUACCUACGUCGGAAUAAAGAUUUAUAUUAAAUGCA